AUGGAUCGACACCCAGCACCGACGACGGCUCCCUCGGUCCUCACCGCUCUCCUCCGUUUUGUCGUGCUUUCUCCGCCAGAGGAAGGAUCGAAGUCCACCACAAUCGACGAUUCUCUCUGUCCUGAUGGCGUAUACUCCGUCUGCUCUUGUCUUCUCCCUCAGAAGAACGAUCUAAAACCACCACAAUCGACGACUCUCUCGGUUCUGAUUGUGUCGCUUCCGUCAUCUCUUGUCUUCUUUCGUCAACAAGACAGUGUACCAUUUCCUUAUGAGGGUUUUUCAGAGGGUGGGGAUCUUAGAUCAUCACAACUCCCUGUGUUCAGUACUCAAUUAAACACCAGUAAGGAUCCGGUAGUAGGCAAUGAACAGAAGGCAGGUGCAUUUUGGAAGCGCAUAGCAGACUACUUCGCAGCUAGUCCGAAGGUGGAAAUAAGUGGAGCACGAGAGGCUAUUCAGUGUAAGCAGAGGUGGCAGAAGAUGAACGACCUCGUGUGCAAGUUCUGUGGAGCCUAUGCCGCUGCAACAAGACAGAAAACGAGUGGUCAGAGUGAGGAUGAUGUUGUUAAAAUGGCCCACGUGAUCUUCUACAACGACCAUAAGAUUAAGUUUAAUCUUCACCAUGCUUGGGAGGAGCUGAAAAACGACCAGAAAUGGUGUGCUCUUGCGAGUAGUAAGAUAGAUGGACCACAAUCAUCAAGCGCUAAGAAGAGAAAGUGUGAGGAUGGAGGGGAAGAGGCAAGCUCUCAAGCAACUACGAAUGGUGAUCACCCAACCAAACGGCCUCCUGGUGGAGACAAUGAGACAAUGAGAGAAAGAGAGAAUGAGACAAACGACACUGACAAGAGUAGUCACGAUAUGAAGAGUAGUCACGAGGUGCAAGAGGUCACAAGAUGA